UGCUAGGAGUUAGCUGUUUACAGACGCUGGUCCUAAUUUUCAGUUUGUUUCUUUCAUCUUUGUAAAUGGUUAAUUUUUGAUGUUUCUUCCUUUGGAAUUGAAGAAAACAGUUGAGGACCCAUUGCUAUUUUAGAGCAGAUUUGUUCAUUUACUUUUCAAUCUACACAUGCUAAAUCAUUGAUAAAAAAUAAGAAGAAUAGAGUUAAAAACAUAUAGGUUAGGGUUGGUGGAAGUUACUUAUUUCCCAGAAGUGAAUAAUAAUCAUCUGUUGAAACAAAACUGUUGCAGAGAUGUUUUACAGAUAAUCAUCACUUAAUGUGUAGACUACCUACCCAAAUUUUGCAAUGAAUAGUUUUUCUGUACCAGAAUCUGUGUUCGCCAGAUUGAAGUGUCACAUUUGUAAAGGAUAUUUAUCAGUUUCACCAGUUUCAGGAUCCCAAGGUAGGUACACCUGUGGGCGUUGUGAGCCGUCCAAAUAUACCAACCAGCUUUAUGAAGAAUUAGCCAAACAUUUGUCUUUUCCAUGUAUUCACGAGAGUUGUACAAAAAAACUAACUUGGGAUGAAGUUGCAAACCACGAGAUGGUGUGUCCUCAUAAACCUAUCACAUGUCCAAUUCCAGACUGUUCAUUCAAAAUGGAAUCUAGAAUGGUCUCCUCUCAUUUUAAAAUAUUACACGAGAACUUGAGGCAUACUGACAACAUCAAAGCAGUUGUUGGGAUCCUAAAAAAUAUAGCGGUUCCACUUGAAACCGUUUAUUGCGUCGAUUUCAGAGAAACUUGCUACCUUGUAUUUGUUAGAUUGAAUAAUAGUAUUGACGGUAAUUCUGUGAGGUAUCGCUUGAAAAUGGGAGUGUUCUCUUUAAGUGAAAGUUACAACCAAAACAUAAAGUACCGGGUCAGUCUUGAGCUACAGUCUUCUAAGGAGACAACGAGAGUGGAUAAGCAGCAACUGUCUAUUCCAACAUAUAAAGACCAACUUCACUGUUUUCAAUGCCUCAAUAAAGAAUGUACCAGAAAAGGUCACAGAAAUGCUGGUGAUUUUUUUACAGCAAAAUUUACUGGAUUAGAUUCUAGCAAUAACAUGUGCGUUACUUUUUCUGUAAAGCUAUAUGAUACCACAGAAGUAAACCUUGAUAAAAAACUGCAUUCCAAUAACGCCGGCAUUGCUGUUAAAUUAGAGUGUCCAAUUUGCAGUAUUUACAUGUGUGCCCCUAUCUUCAAUUGCCCUAAAGGGCAUUCCGUCUGUAGCAGUUGCAGGAAAUCGAUCAAAAAUUGUCCAUUGUGCAAAUCUAUAAUGGGAGAGUCCAGGAAUUAUAUAUUGGAGGAAAUUUCGGAAUCGGUUGAAAUACCCUGCCACAAUGCAGAAUUGGGUUGUCAGUUUUCCGGAUUAGUCAGAGAUACAAUAGAACAUGAAAAUAAUUGCUCAAUUCAUUGUGGGGGUUUUUAACUUUGAAUAUGUAAUUUAUUAGGUUAAAGAGAAAGUUAUUCAGGUAGAUGUUUUGUUAAGUAUUGAAUAGAGACAAAAUAUACUCACAGACAAAAAUAUUGCAUAUUUUAUUUCAAGCCUUGAUUUCAAGUUUAUUUAUGUUUGUCUGAAUCUUUAUGCAGUUUCCAUUACUAGAUGGUAUAUGCUGAAGUAUGAAAGUUCUUUGAGGCAACAUAAUAAUAGUUCAGUACUUAGUGUUUCCUCCCCUAGCAAUAACGAUAUCCUGUAUACUUCGCAAAAGGUCUUUGAUGGUUUCUUGUGAAAUUCGAUUCCAUUGCAGCAAUUCUAAAUUCUGCAAUUGAGUUAUGAGCUGGAUUUAGUGCUCGUAUGUCUUUUUAGGAUGUCCCAAAUAUGUUCUAUGGGAUUUGUGUCAGGACUGUUUGGUGGCCACUCCGCUGCUUCAAUUCCAACAACUUCAAGAUACUGAGUGACUGUUCUUGCAGCAUGUGCACGAACAUUAGCACGAAAUUGUGGUAACAAAUGAAGCCGCCUUAAGGUAAAACGUGCUCUUCAAAGAUGUUGCGUAUGUAACAGUCAGCAUUCAUUCUUAAAUUCACCUCUAUAAGCUUGGUGCGACUGUCCCAACUAAUGCCACCCCACAACAUAAUGGAACCACCACCAAAGGUAAUGUUAUGUACAAGAUUACAUUCUGCGAAACAUUCUCCAGAUCUUCUGUAUACUCGACCACGUCCAUCUGGUUUCCAUAACUGUAUUCUUGUUUCAUCUGUGAAAAGAAUUUUUCCCCACUGAUGUACAUUCCAGUUGACAUGGCUAUGAGAAAUUGUAACCAUCUAGAUCUGUGAUGUGGGAGAAGCCUAGGAACUAUGACAGAACGUUUUGGGUUUAAACCAACUUCUUUGAGUCUUUUUAUUACUGUUACUUAUGUGAACUUAUCUUGUGCUCAGUAAAUAAUUUCUGUGAUGCGAAGCUGUAAGCGAGCGAUUUGGCAAAGAUUAAAUUUUCAAAUAUUGUUCAUCUCUGGGUGUUGUACAUCUAUUACAUCCAUGACUUCAUAAUACGAGAAACAGUCAAUUGAUGGAUUUGCAAUGUCUGCAUCCCUCAUUGACUGAAAUAACAAUUUUAACACAAACUAAUUUGCUCAAAUGCGACAACUCACUAAGAAAACUACAGAAUCAAAACAUAAAGGACUCGAAAUGUCAUUCUGACAACAAACAAAAUAAUGGACAUUGAUAGUGUCAUAGGCACACAUUCAAAGUUUGUAAUUAGUACCAUUAUUUCUUAUUCAGGUAUAGCAACUAUGUCCAAGUAUUUUUUAUCUAUACUGAAUAGAAAUUUACAUAAAAUACUUUGGCCUUUGAACAUUUAUCAAUAUAAAUUAAAAAUGUGUUGAGGGAACAAAAUUAAUAUGAAAAAAAAUCUUGAACUAUAAUAUGCAAUAUUUUUUACUGAGAGUGUAUAUUCUAAUGUUGAAGACUGCAAGACUUGACUCAUGAAUUGAAGAUUACUAAGGAAAAUUAUUCUUCCUUGCUCUAUGAAUAAUUCAUUGAAAUAUUUACAUCAUGGUGACUUUGGUAUUUGCUGGGAGUUAUUUUGAAAUUAGUUAAUAAUUCAAAAAACACUGAUAUUUUCCCUAAACAGUUUUACAAAAAUGCAACACGUGUUUCGCCAUACAAUGGUUUCUUCAGGCGUGUCUAUACUAUAUUACACUAUUCUGAAAAUAAAGACAAAAGGCAAGGUAGAAGUGGAAAUUGAGAUAGAAAAAGUUCAACUAGAAAACAAGGAAAAUGAAGGGAACCAUUAAAAAAAAAAAGGAAAACUACUAAACACAGAAUUUUUUCCAGAAAGAAUAUAUUACAUUUAUGUGAACGGUUAUUUCAAAUAAGUGAAUUGAACAGUUAAGAAUGGAAGGUGACUAUGGUUUUUUAUUUUCCAUUAUAAUUGUAAAAUGUAGCUAUUGCCCUGAAGUUCUUUACGAAUGUUUCAAGCUGAUAUAAAAAAACCAAUCGUUCAUCAGAAUGGGGAAUGAUAAAAAUACUUGAAACCGCCAUCUUUUUUGACAUUCAAAAUAAGCUGACAUUGAAAAUAGCUAUUUAAAAAACAAACUGAAGAAAUUCAAAUCUUUAGAUUUUUGGGAAAGUUUUUGGCUUU